AUGGCGGAAAACAAAGUCGCGCCUGAUCUCAGCGUCCCUGAAGUUGCUCCAGCGCCGGAACCUACAACCGCUGCUGCUGAUGAGACCGCCGCCCCCAUCGCAACCACUACUACAGCAACCGAACCCGCUGCGGCGAAGCCUGCAGAGCCCGUGGCCCCAAAGAAGCAGAAGACGUCGCCUAUGGAUAUCGUGAAGAAGCUUUUGGCCAAGUUCAAGAAGGAGAAGAAGGCUCAGCCUGUUGCUGCAUGA